ACAGGCUGGGAGUGCUGGUGCUAGGGCUUCUCCUGCCUGUGUGUUAUGUGCAGGGUGGAGAAGAGAGGGGGAGAAAGAGGGGGAGAAAAAUCAGACAACUGACUGCCUGUCCCCAUCUCUCUCUCUCUCUGUAGCUCACUAACUCACUCUCCCUCCCUCUGCAAACAUUGGAUUUAAACCUACUCAGAAUUCAGCACAGAGGAAAGCGGCAAGCCGAACCGCUUCAGACUACUGCAGCUCCUCAAGAUGUAUCAUCCUGCUUGCUGGAUCGUCUUCACGGUCACAACUGCCCUGUUCUUCAUCCCAGGAGUGCCCGUCCGCAGCGGAGAGGCCACCUUCCCCAAGGCCAUGGACAACGUGACCGUCAAGCAAGGCGAGAGCGCCACCCUCAGGUGUACUGUGGAUGACAGAGUCACUCGAGUAGCUUGGCUCAAUCGUAGCACAAUUCUUUAUGCCGGGAAUGACAAAUGGUCAAUAGAUGACCGAGUGGUUAUCCUCACGAACACCAAAACCCAGUACAGCAUCAUGAUCCGUAAUGUGGACAUAUAUGACGAAGGCCCUUACACCUGCUCUGUACAAACAGACAAUCAUCCAAAGACAUCGCGGGUCCAUCUCAUAGUGCAAGUUCCUCCCCAGAUUAUCAAUAUCACAUCAGACAUUGCAGUUAAUGAAGGCAGCAGUGUAACCCUCUUGUGCUUGGCAUUUGGGAGACCAGAACCCACAGUCACAUGGAAGCAUCUCUCUGGCAAAGGUCAGGGAUUUAUAAGUGAUGACGAGUAUUUAGAAAUCACGGGGAUCACCAGAGACCAGUCGGGGGAGUAUGAAUGUGCCGCUGUUAAUGACGUUGCAGCACCUGACAUCCGGAGAGUAAAAGUCACUGUAAACUACCCUCCAUCCAUCGCCAAUCCCAGGAACACUGGUGUUUCAGUUGGACAGAAGGGGAUCCUACGUUGUGAAGCCUCUGCUGUCCCCGUAGCAGAAUUUCAGUGGUUUAAAGAAGAAACCAGAUUAGCCAAUGGGCUGGAUGGAGUGAGAAUUGAGAACAAAGGUCGGAUGUCCACACUAACCUUCUUCAAUGUGUCAGAGAAAGAUUAUGGCAACUACACUUGUGUGGCCAUCAACAAACUGGGAAACACCAAUGCCAGUAUAAUCCUGUAUGAAAUAAGUCAACCUACAGCACUGGCAGGCCCAGGAGCAGUACACGAUGGCAACAAUGCAGCUUCCAGAGCGAUGGCUUGCCUCUGGCUAUCAGGCGCACUCUUUCUUUAUUUCCUCCUCAAGUUUUGAUAAGAAAAGUGAGGGUCCUUGCAGAUGACGCCUGGCUUCUCCCACACCACAGACUUUUAACCAUCCAUACUGCUGGGGAGGGGAGGGGGCAAACAAGCAAACAAACAAACAAACAGUCUGCAGCUUGAAUCUACUGCCGGGAGGGCAAGGGGAGGGGGAGGGCAACUGGGUUACAAGUCAACCACCCAUUAGGGACUGGUCAAUCAUGGGCAUCUCCCAAAGCAGAAUCAGUUUUAAUUUCCUUCCUUGUCCCCGUACCUCAAAAAUACCCUAUUUAUAAAUGUCAGCCUCUCCUUUCUACUGUCAAGAGUUUCUGAAAUGAGCCCACCCAAAUGCCCCAGGAGGAGGAUGCUUCUUAGUCCAGGAGACAAUGCACAACAAGAAAUCAAAAGCAAGUAAAAGGGGAAAAGGUGUCCUCCUAUCGCUGGUGUCUCUUGAGCAAAAGGAUUGUUCUUUCUAUUUGUAACACUGUACAUACCUGUUCAUGUUUCUCCAAGUGUCUGAUUAUGCUCUGGUAUCACCUUGCUUCCACCUGGGUGGUUGUCUUAAUAAAUUUGUAGCCUGGCCAUCAGCACA